AUGUUAAAAAGUGAAGAUCCUGUUUUGAGUCACAAAGGAAAAUACAUUUCAAGAUUAAAUCAUAAUUCAAAAAAGGUUGAAACAAUAAGAUUAAGUUUUUUAUUUAGGACUAUGAUUCAAUUUCACUUGUUUGAAUUAAUUUAUAUGGCGGUUUUCCUAUCGUCUGCAGCUCAGGCUUUAGCUUUUUGUCCAAACGGUUGCAUUUGCGAUGAUGAUACUCUGGUUGUGUCGUGUAAAGAAGCCAAUUUGGACGUGAUUCCCAUAACUCUUAAUCCGUCUAUACAGCGUUUAGUGUUAAAAAACAAUCGUAUUAAAACGGUUGAUGCUGCAUUUCAAUUUUACGGCGAACUUCAAUACGUAGAUCUUGCGUACAAUCAUCUAGUCAGCAUUCCUAUGAAGAGUUUUGAAGCACAGAAAAAACUUUUUGAACUUCAUCUUAAUCAUAAUAAAAUAUCAUCAAUUAACAAUCAAACUUUCGUAGGUUUGAAAAAUUUGGGAGUGUUAAGCUUACGUGAGAAUUUUUUAGAAGAAUUAAGUUCUAAUUUGUUCAGUUCGCUCCCGAGUUUGCAAGAAUUGGAUUUAGGAGUUAACAGUAUAUCCGUUGUCGAUCCUUCGGCAUUUUCCGGAUUAUCUUCAUUGAAAAUAUUGUAUCUCGAUGAUAACCAACUUCGAUCCAUUCCGACGGGUUCUUUUUCAUUAUUGGGAAACCUGGCAGAACUCCACAUCGGACUAAACGCUUUCACAUCCCUUUCUGACGGUGCUUUCACGGGUUUGACAAAGCUUUAUAAACUCGAUCUCGUGAGUGCUGGACUCGUGAACAUAAGCGAAGGAGCAUUCAAAAAAUUGACGGGUCUGAGAAGCUUGGGAUUGGCUGAUAAUAGAUUAGGAUCGAUACCCACUCGUCAAUUGAAGAUGAUGACAAGGUUGGAAGAAUUAUCGUUGGGCCAAAAUGAAUUUAGAAUAUUGGAAUCGAAUGCAUUUUUGGGUUUGUCCAACCUCCGUCGUCUGGACAUAUCCGGAGCUCCACACCUGGAAAAAGUCGAAAAAGAUGCUUUUAGAGAUAACUUAAAUUUAGAAACGCUUGUUUUAAGUAGCAAUAAAAGACUGUCGCAAAUCGAAGAAGGCGCCCUUGCAGGAUUACCAAAUUUAAAAAAUUUAGUUUUGCGCGACAACGCGUUUUCUUCUUUUUCCGAGUCUCUCGUGUCGUGGCUUGAACUUCACGAAAUAGACAUCGCGGAAAAUCCCAUCGAGUGCCGUUGCAGCUUAUUAUGGUUAAAGGAAUUAUUGAUAAAAAAAAAUAUAAGUCAAAUUCUCUGUGCGUCUCCGUCUCAUUUGAAAGAUCGCCGUCUGAGUACUCUUACGUCAGAUGACAUGGGAUGCUCUUACAGUGAUACAAGGCAGCAAGCAAUAAUAGGAGCCGUGUGCUGCAUAGCAGCAGUAAUUCUCGCGCUCAUAGUUUUUUUUCUCUAUCGUUACCGAAAAUCUGUCCAAGACGUGCUCAAAGAGUACAAGUGGAAUAACAGAGCGAUAAGCAGAAAAGAACACGAAUAUCAGAAAACAUUUUCCGAUGACGAUUUCAUCGUUCGUGCAGCUCAACAGCCCACUCUCAAACCCAUACCCGUGACAGAACUGUAG